GAACCCGAACGUGAUUCUUUGUCCGGUAGUUCACUAGGUGGAUAUUUGUCUUCUUGUCUUUCUUUGCCAAGUCUUUAGUCACUUCUUGACAAUGUCCAAUAUUUUGUGAGGCUUCUAUCUAGGCUCUUGUCAUAUACUACUCCGUACCCGCUGUGGAAUUCGUCUCCAUAGAUCACCGGAAGCCGUGAGAUCUAUAUAUUAUAUAACGAUGCAAAAUGCCUGAAAACGCUGUUGACGAAGAUCAAGCUCCUACAGCUAGUGAUAACGAAGGCGUUUAUGCCGGCCCACCUCCAUCGCAUCUACAGGCAAUCGAAGUCGAUUCCAACACUCAUAGCGAUGAUAAUGACUCUGCCCUCGAUUCUGAGUUGGGUUCAACCACCAGCACCUCGAUCGUAUCAUCGAUUCAAGACUAUGAAUACGCCAACGGACGACGAUAUCACGCCUAUAAAAGAGGCGCAUAUCUACUCCCCAAUGAUGAAGCGGAGCAGGAUCGCCUUGAUUUGCUACAUCACGUCUUUUUACUUGCCCUUAAUGGUCAUUUGUUCAUAUCCCCUCUUUCUACUCCGCAACGGAUUCUCGAUAUUGGCACCGGAACGGGUAUCUGGGCUAUUGACAUUGCCGAUGAAUACCCUUCUGCGCAGGUGAUCGGUAUCGAUCUAAGUCCAAUACAACCGGGAUGGGUACCACCCAAUGUGCAGUUCUAUGUUGAAGAUGCAGAAACCGAGUGGAUGUAUGCUGAUGAUGAUUCUUUUGACCUUAUUCAUACUCGAGUAAUGGGUGGAAGCAUCGGUGAUUGGGACAAGUUUGCCAGCCAGUCUUACACCCAUUUGAAGAGUGACGGUUGGCUUGAACUCCAUGAACCACAAUCCUGGGUAGUUUCAGAUGAUGAUAGCAUGACACGCUGUGAAUACACCACUCAGUUUCAGACCAAAUGCGUGGAAGCUGCGAAAAAGUUCUGCAAGGAUAUCAAUCUAGCCCACUCACAUAAACAGAGACUGCUUGACACGGGCUUUGUUGAUGUACAAGAAGAUAUAAUCAGGUUACCUCUCGGAUCUUGGCCUAGAGAUCGUCGACUCAAAGAAAUCGGCCGCUUCUGGCUUGAGCACAUGGUUGCCGGAGUUGAAGUUUAUACCCUCGGCUUCAUUGGCAAAGUCCUAGGAUGGAGUGAAAUUGAGUGUCGUAUGCUUAUUGCCAAGUGUACAGAGGAGUUGAGGGACCGCAAAAAUCAUUUAUAUGUAAACUUAUAUGUUGUUCGUGGACGUAAGCCUUAAUGGCUCUGCUUCUACAAGGUAAUACCAGUGAGUGGAGUUAAUUUAUUGAUUUAUAGCGUAGCUAAUGUGGUUACAAUAUACUAAUUAUAUGUCCUGGGAG